UAUUGGACUCUGCUUGCGCGCCCCUCGUACCCGGCUCCCGAUUGCGCUCCACUAGUCUUCAUCCGUCAUGGAUGUACACAGUACAUCGGCCUUGCGAGCCUUUUCCAUUCUCUCUACAUGAUUCACUGCCGGCGCCGCCGUAGUUGCAUGCUCGCUUUUGGGUUCGAACAUCACAACGAUGCCCUUCCCGCUGCUCAUUGGCCCCAAGCAGGGCAAGGACGCUCCAAUCUACGCAAUCAAUGGCGAAUUGUCGUUUGGCGGUCAGUUGUGGGUAACAAGAUCAUCACCUCGAGUCCAUCGUCCAUUUCGCAGACCGUCCAGGCCGCAUAUCAGCCUGAACAUGCUCCGCGCGCUAUGCCAUACCAUGUCCAACUAUGCUCAAGGGCCCCACCGACCAGUCAUUCAUCGUGCCAUCCGUGCUCUCAAACUAUGACUUGCGCCCUAUCUUUUGAUAUUCCACGGGCCUCUAGCGGUCGUGCAAGCACUACAUGUAUGCACCACGAAUAA